ACAAAAAAGGUAAAAAAGACAUCUAGGGGUUUCUCUGUUUGUUUUUGAAUAAGAGCUGGGAUAUUCUGAAAUUUGGUUUUAAUUAGUUUUUUUCUGUAGUCUGAAACACUAUGAGACCACUUCAAACUUCCUAACACCAUAUUUCUACAUGGGGGUUUAAUAUGGUACAUGAUAUAUUAAUAGUAAUGCCAAAUGUUAAUAUUUUCUGUAUUUUUUUUCUCUGUUUAUUAGAACUGGCUCCAUCCUGCCACCGAAAGCUCAAAUCAACACUGAAGGGAAAAUUUCAGAAAAUUAAUGAAGGAAUCUCAAAUGCUGGAACCUCAACCCUUCUGAAUGAGAUCUACACAGAUCUGUACAUCACAGAGGGAGGGAGUGGAGAGGUCAAUAAUGAACAUGAGGUCAGACAGAUUGAAGCAGCAUCCAGGAGACCAGCAACACAGGAGACACCCAUCAAAUGUAACGACCUCUUUAAAGACCAGUCCAUCAGAACUGUGCUGACUAAAGGAGUUGCUGGAAUUGGAAAAACAGUCUCUGUGCAGAAGUUCAUUCUGGACUGGACUGAAGGAAAAGCCAAUCAGGAUGUUCUCUUCAUAUUUCCACUUCCUUUUAGAGAACUGAAUCUGAUAAAAACUGAAAAACUCAGUCUGGUGGAUCUUCUUCAUCAGUUUUUCAAAGACACAGAGGACUUAAAAAAGAGAGAUUAUCAUCGUUACAAAGUCAUGUUCAUCUUUGAUGGUCUGGAUGAAUGUCGACUUCCUCUAGAUUUCCAGAACAAUAAGAGAGUAUCUGAUGUAACACAGUCAGCCUCAGUGGAUGUGCUGUUGACAAACCUCAUCCAGGGGAACCUGCUUCCCUCUGCUCUCCUAUGGAUAACCACUCGACCAGCAGCGGCCAAUCAGAUCCCUCCUGACUGUAUUGAUCAGGUAACAGAGGUACGAGGGUUCAGUGACCCUCAGAAAGAGGAAUACUUCAGGAAAAGGAUCAGAGAUCAGAGCCUUGCUGAAAGAAUCAUUACACACAUGAAGUCCUCCAGAAGCCUCUACAUCAUGUGCCACAUCCCAGUCUUCUGCUGGAUCUCAGCGACUGUUUUAGAGAGGAUGUUGGGUGAAGCAGAGGGAGGAGAGAUCCCCAAGACUCUGACUCAAAUGUUCACACACUUCCUUAUCUUUCAGAUCAAACACCGCAGCCAGAAGUACCAAAGAAAAAGUGAUGUUGAUCUUGACCAGACUAGAGAGAUUAUUCUGGCUCUGGGAAAACUGGCUUUCCAACAGCUGGAGAAAGGAAACCUGAUCUUCUAUGAGGAAGAUCUGAGAGAGUGCAGCAUUGAUGUCAGAGAAGUGUCCGUGUACUCAGGAGUGUGCACCCAGAUCUUCAGACAGGAGUCUGGACUUCACCUGGGGAAGGUUUUCAGCUUUGUGCAUCUGAGUGUUCAGGAGUUUCUGGCUGCUUUAUAUGAGUUUCUGUCCUUCAUCUCCAACAACAGAAAUGUGCUGCAACAGAAACACAGUGGAUUUGGUUUCUCCAAAAAAGGAACAAGGUCUGAUUUCCUGAAGAGAGCCGUGAACAAGGCCUUACAGAGUGAGAACGGACACCUAGACCUUUUCCUCCGAUUCCUUCUGGGUCUCUCACUGGAGUCCAAUCAGACUCUCUUACGAGGUCUUCUGAUACAGACAGAGAACAUCUCUCACAGUAAAGAGAAAGUAGUGGAGUACAUCAAGCAGAAGAUCAGGGAGAAUCCCUCUCCCGAGAAAACUAUCAGUCUGUUCCACUGUCUGAAUGAACUGAAUGAUCAUUCUCUAAUGCAGGAAGUCCAGAAAUACCUGAACAGAGGAGGUUCCAGUGAUCUCAGUGGAGUUAAGCUCUCUCCUGAUCAGUGGUCAGCUGUGGCGUUUGUGAUGCUGAAUUCAGAAGAGGAGCUGGAUGAGUUUGACCUGAGGAAAUUCCAGACUUCAGAAGAAUGUCUUCUAAGGCUGCUCCCAGUAGUGAAAGCAUCCAAAAAAAUUGUGUAA